AUGGACUUUCCUAACUGCACAGAAGGGGUGUUUGCCACAAGCAGCAGUGAUUAUGACUCACUGGAAGCUGCUGGACUUCCCACCAGUAAGAUCCUGCUUACCUUGACUCUGUCUAUAGUGGCUAUACUGACCACAGUCAUCAACUGCCUGGUGAUCACAGCUAUCGUUGUUACCCGCAAGCUGCACCACCCGGCCAACUACCUCAUCUGCUCACUGGCAGUGACCGACCUGCUGGUGGCUGUGCUGGUCAUGCCCUUCAGCAUCAUCUACAUCCAGAAAGAGAGCUGGGACAUGGGCCAGGUGGUGUGCACCAUCUGGCUUAGCGUGGAUAUCACCUGUUGCACGUGUUCCAUUCUCCAUCUUGCUGCAAUCGCCAUUGACCGCUACAGGGCCAUUACCGAUGCGGUGGAGUAUUCCCGCAAACGCACUGGAGCCAGAGCUGGGGUGAUGGUGGCAGUGGUGUGGCUCUUGUCCAUCCUUAUCUCACUCCCACCUCUGCUGUGGCGGUACCACAGUGAGGAUUCAGAGCAGGAAGACCAGUGCAUUAUCACCCACACUCACUUGGCCUUCACCCUCUACUCCACUCUGGGAGCCUUUUACAUCCCCCUGCUGCUCAUCCUCAUCCUCUACUACAAAAUCUAUCGGGCUGCCCAGACCCUCUACAUGCGCAGGGAGGCCAGUCGGGCCAGUCGCCAUUCAUGCAUGACCAACGGGAGCAUGAUCCCCUCGACCUAUCCAGCGGGGGACGGUGAUGUCGAUGGAGGACCCCGGAGUCCGGAGCCCCUGAGCCCCCCAGAGAAGUCUGUCUCUGAACCCUCCACUGAGGAACGUGAAAAGGUGCGUGUCCCGGUUAAGACUCUGAAGAGCAAGUCGCGACGACGUGAGUCACACCGUACCGAGUCACGCCGGUGCCAGAUGUACCAAGGACCACGGAUCUCAGGAUCACGGGAGCGCAAGGCAGCGUCCACAUUGGGGUUGAUACUGGGGGCCUUUGUCAUCUGCUGGCUGCCGUUUUUUGUCAAGGAGGUGAUCGUCAACACCUGCGGCGCUUGCAGCACUUCAGUGGAGAUGGCCGACUUCCUGACGUGGUUGGGCUACCUCAAUUCUCUGAUCAACCCACUCAUCUACACCAUCUUUAAUGAAGACUUCAAGAAAGCUUUCCAAAGACUGAUUAGAUGCAGCCAUUACCUCUGA